GUCUAAAGACCGAUCCUACCGACUUAGAACAAUUCAAGUCGAAGUGCGCUGGUAGCAACCUCUAGCUCACGUCACACGCGACUUCCCGACAGGUCUUACUCGUGACCGCCUCAGCUCAGCUGCUUCAGCUACCUGCAGCUUACACGGAGCUGAACAUUCCAUCAGUAUUGACUACGCUCAAAAAGCGACUCAAAGUCUGCAAACUCGCCCAGUUGUACGACCUUACCGAACAUCGAUAAAACGUCAUGGUGGCUCUCCAGGAGUUCUUACUCUUUAUUGUGUGCGCCAUCCUCACCUUCGCGACCGCGCAAGCCAGCCCACUAUCAUCACCGCAGCAAGCGCCUUCUACCAAGCGCUGCACGAAUGCCGUUGCCAACCCCUCUUUCGAGAUCCCCGUGCUGUCUCCGUGGAUGGAUAUGGUAACCGGUUCGUGGUACUCUCGCGGGAUAUCCACCUCCCCUACAGGCGGACACUCCGGCAGUAAUCUCUACGCCGCGACAUCAAAUAGCUCAGCGGUCCAAGCUACACUCACGCUGUCGCAAUCCUACAUUAAUAUUCCUGUCGGUGCGACAGUCGAUUGCUCCGCGUGGGUUACAGGGAAGAGACCAAAUGGGCAAACGCGCGUCGAGAUCUUCCUAGAUCAAGUCAGCUGUGGAGAAGUAGUACACAUGGGGGCUGGACAGGAAGGCUGGACGAAGGUUGGAGGGAAGGUUCAAGUGCAAGAUGUACCUGGAGACGUCGGUCAUUCGGUUGCCGUCAGUGUGCAGGGCGAUGGCGUUGAAGAUGAGGAAGGCUGGAGAGUGGCUAUUGACGAUGUUGGUGUGAUGGUCGGAUGCUAGAUAGGCGAGAAUGAGUGGCAUGAAUCAAGUGAUCAGGUCAGGUUGGGUGGAGAGAAAACUGGCAUAAUUGAAGACAGUACACGGGCCAAGACAGAUGAAUAUGUUUAUUGAAGAGCAGCCACUGCUGACUGAACUUGAUCUAUGAGAGACAA